AUGUCCAAAACACUUCUGAUCAUAGACGACUCCACCAAUUGGUAUGAAGUCUUUGGCAGACACCCAAAGCUCCCCAAUGGCGAUGAUUUAAAGAUUGAGCAAACUGAGUGGAAGUUGAUAAGCACAAAAGCAGCUAAAGGCAAAGCGUAUGUCAACAUCAGUCCAUCACCAAAUCCGUUUCUAUUUACAAAUCAAAAAGAGGAGCGAUUGGUUGUCCCAGACAUGUUGUUGGUUCGUAAUGUCCCCAUCAACAUCCACAACACCAAUUACUUGAACCAUUUACUCACAUUUGCCAUUGCCAACACUCCCGCAGUCAAUGCCGUUCAAGUAAUGGUCAACGACUUAAAUCGGCCAUUGCUGCAUUCCGAGUUGUUAAAAAUAGAAAAGCGAUUGAUUGAGUUGCACCAUGGCGAUGCCGAGUGGGAGAAGACGCGCAUCAAAGUUGUUGAUUUGGAGUACAACUCAAAUCAAGGCGAUGCGCCUUCGUUUGGUGGUGCACCAGUCCCAGAGAAGUGGCCACAAGUUGUCAAAGUUGCGACCAUUCAUGGGGGGUACGGUAAGACUGUUGUUCACGACAAAAAGGAGUUGAAAGACGUUGCGUCUGUUAUUGCUGUGGGUAACUCGUAUUACACCGUCGAACCGUUUUUGAACGAAAAUUAUCAAGUCAGAGUGCAAUACAUUAAUGGACACAUCAGAGCAUUCAGAACACGUUCAGAAGACAGCUGGAAAUACAACUGGGGCACGUCUGAAUACAAAGACGUCGAAGUGCUGCCAAGGUAUAAGGAGUGGGCAGAAGAGGCACAUAAGAUAUGGGGCGGUCUCGACAUGUUUGCCAUCGACAUCAUCAUGGAAAAAGACGGGUCGGAAACUAUCAUUGAAAUCAACGUCUCAGCUAUUGGUAUCACAGAUUGCAAUGCAAAGGAAGACGUCCAAUUUGUUAAGGAACUGAUCAUGGAAAAGAUGGACAAAGAAUACUACAAGAAAUAA